AUGCCCUUCCACGCUGCGACAGCAAACAUGGCAGCGCUCUUGAGAUCAGCCCGGUUACUUAAAUUUUCGCCUUCGGGCUUGCUUCAGAUCACAGGGACCAAAAGAAAUGGACCGCCGCUCAGCCGCCUGUACAGCGGAGCUCUCGGCGGCGGAAGAACCGGAGGUUGCUCCCGACCGAUCAGCCCUGCUUCGGGAAAUGCGUCCAGAAGUCGCGUGUGGCCAAAUGCAGUGGGGUGUGUGCGUGGCUAUGUUGUGGCUACAGAGAAGAGGGAUGAUGCCAGUGUUGUGGUGCGGUCCAAGCAGUCUCAGCAGUUUGACUGGGCUCUUGCCAAACUGGACAGCUCUGUGAGGAGGACUGGUCGCAUCACAAAGACCAUGCUGCUCCGCAUCUUCCAUGAUAUCUGCAGGACAGGUUAUCCCAGUGGUAACCAGGCCUUGCUGCUGCUGCGUAGCUGUGGGUCCCUGCUGCCUGAGGUGCCUCUGGAGGAACGCACAGUGCUGGCGCACCGUGUAUGGGAUAAGCUGCAGGAGCUGGGUGCACAGUUUGAUGUCAGUCACUACAACGCCCUGCUAAAGGUUUACCUGCAGAAUGAGUUCAAGUUCUCCCCCACUGACUUCCUGGCCAAGAUGGAAGCAGCUAACGUCCUGCCCAACAGAGUUACCUACCAGAGACUCAUAGCAGCCUACUGCCAAAAUGGAGAUAUCGAGGGAGCCAGCACCAUAUUGGGUUUCAUGAAGAAGAAAGAUUUACCCAUCACUGAGGCUGUUUUCAACUCCCUGGUAACAGGCCAUGCUCGUGCGGGCGACAUCGAGAGUGCAAACAACAUCCUGUCUGUGAUGCGGGGAGCAGGAAUUGAACCGGGUCCUGACACCUAUGUAUCACUUCUCACUGCCUACGCUGAAAGGGGUGACAUGGACAGUCUGAAAAAGACUAUGGAGGCAGCAGAGAGUGCAGACUGCAGUCUAAUGGACAGGGACAUCAUGCAGAUCAUCUUCACUCUGGCCAAGGCUGGACAUCAGCAGCACAUCCCAGAGAUGGUUGAGCGCUUGAGACAUGACAGGGGAUACGUGCCAGAUGCUAUGAACUUGUGUCUGAGCCUCAUCACCCAGGGCCAGGAGGACACGGCUUUUCUCAUCCUGAAGAAUUUCCCCAUACUGCAGCCUGAUAACUCUGACUCCCCCAACCUGGGCAGCUUCUUCCUCAGACACUGUGUUAAUAUGGACACGGGGGUGGAGAGGAUCAAGAACUACUGCAAAGAGCUCCAGGAGUCAAAUCUGCACUCUGCGCCACUGGUCUUCGCUCUGUACUGUGCUCUGGAGGCCAAGAAACCUGAUAUGUCUUUAGAGCUGAUGAAGGCAUUGAAGGAGCAGGGCUUACCCAUAAGGCCACACUUCUUCUGCCCCCUCCUCAUUCCACACUUGAAGGAGAACAACGCAGCUGGUGUGGUGGAGGUGGUGAAGAGCAUGCAGGAAGUCGGUGUGACCCCUGAUCUUGAGACUUUGUCCAUGUACAUCCUCCCUGUCUUCCCCAGCACGGAGGCAGCUCGACAGGCCUUCAAGGAUGCAGGUAUCCCUCUGGGGUCUAUGGACUUCUUGUCUUUUGAGGCUCGCUUGUUGGCUGUUAGCAACCUGGCCAAACUCUAUGCCCAGUUGUCGGAUCCCUCCUUCCCCUCGAUGGACCACAACAGUUUCCGCGGCAGCCUCAUCCUGGGCUUCAGAAAGUCUAAUGAUGUGGAGAGCAUGGUGAAGAUUACUGAACUCUUAUACAAAGACGAGCGCUUCAGCAACGAAAACUCCAAACCUUCUGAAGGGGCAUCCUUCUUCAUAUACAAUCUGAUCGACAGCAUGUCAGAGGCAGAGGUGCACGCACAGGAAGACAAACUGCGGAAAUACUUCAAUCAGCUACAGGCUCAGAAUAUAACCAUUUCACUAAACAUCUACAGAGGGAUCAGGAACCUUCUGGAGUCUUACCACGUCCCAGAACUCAUCAAGGAUGUGAUCGUUUUGGUGGACAAAGACCAAGUGCCCAGUGGUCAGUCUGUGUCACCUGUGGACAAGGGCCAAGUGUCCAGUGGUCAGUCUGUGUCACCUGUUGGUGGAAUAGAGGGUAAGGUGGUGGCGCUCGAGAAGAAAUUAGCUGAACUGAAAGCAGAGAACAAACCAUUUGACUCCACUCUCAGAAGAACAGUCCAGGCUCUCUGUGUUGAGGAGAACCUGCAGCGCGCCCUUGAGCUGAAGCAGCAGCACGAGGAGGAGAUGACGGUCGGCGGCUACGCCUCUCUCAUCAACCUGUGCUGUCGCCACGACAAUGUGGAGGAGGCGCUCAACCUGAAGCGAGAACUAGAACGCAAGGACUCAUCAGCAGUGCUGGACGCCACUAAAUACAUCGCACUGGUGAAGGCGCUCUCAAAGAAUGACAAAGUGGAGGAGGCGGUGGACAUCCUGAAAGAGAUGAAAGAGAAGGAGGUGGUGCUGAACGACACACACCUCACCCUGCUCUUCUACAUGCUCAACUCUGCAGUGGCCAAAGGCGGCGUCCCGGUCAUCCGACGCCUGCAGGACACCAUCUUUACCCUCGGUCUGGCCAAGCCCUCCUCCAAUCUCUGUUCACCCCUGAUUACUGCCUACCUGGAGAGUGACGACCUGUCCGGAGCUCUAGAGGCAGCACUGGAGUGUCAGAGACACUACGGCCACAUGCCUCGCAUCCACGACAUCCUUGUUGGGCUGGUGGAGAAAGGAGACACCGAACUGCUGCAGAAAGCCAUGGACUUUAUGAGUCAGGAGCGAGGGGAGAUGAACAUGCUGUACGAUCUGUUCUUUGCCUUCCUGCAUACAGGCCGCUACCGUGAGGCUCGUAAGAUCAUUGAGACCCCCGGGCUGAGGGCAAGGCCUGGACGCCUGCAGUGGUUUGCAGAGAAAUGCAUUUUUGCCAACCAGGUGGAGGCCUUGGAGCAGAUGGUAGACAUGACAGCCAAGCUGUUUGAGUGCGACAGAGAUGAGAUGUACAGUUACAUCCUCCGUCUCUGCAAGGAGACAAACAACUGGGAGAAGGCAGAGGCUGUGUGGACGAAAAUGCAGGAGGAGAACGUCAUUCCCAGGGAGAGGACAAUGCGUAUACUGACAGACAUCCUGAAGACUAAUGGCCAGGAGGUGCCCUUUGAGGUGCCUGAGACCUGGUAUGAACACGAUGCCACCACACAGGAGGUUCAGUCAUCCCCCGUUACAACCCCCGCCACAGCUGAACAUGGUACUGAAUACCAGGCCCGAAUCUUGGCCCUCUGUAAGAAGGGCAAAGCCAGAGAAGCCUAUGGGAUGCUCAAGCAAGCUGAUCAAAUGGGUGUGGCAUUAACCCCCGCCCCUUAUGACCACCUGAUCCGCACGCUGUUGGCUGCAGGAGACAUUGAGGAUGCCAUGGUAGUCAAGGACAUUGCUUUGUCUCGUGUGCCAGGCUUCCAGCUGAGCAGUACUGCCACCACUUUGCUCAUCAUCACACUCAGCAGGAAAGACCAGGCCAAAGAUGCUCUCGACAAACUGAAGUCUAUGCUGCAGGCGGGCAACGUGCCCUCGCAGCUUGCCCUCACCAGACUGGUUCAGGCCCUGGGUAGGAGUGGCGACGUGGCGGGUGUCCAGGAAGUGGAGUCACUGAUGAAGGGCCUUGGCACAAACUUCAACCUGUCCAGCAUGUUGUUUAUCAACAACACGGCCCUGGCACACAUCAAGAAUGGGGAUUUAGACACGGCAGUAGAGGUGAUGGAGUCAGUCUACACCAGUCCAGACAGCACGAACCCCAGCAUGUCCUACGUCUUCAGAAGGGUCUUGGAAGAUGGCAGUGACAAAGCCAUAGACAAGUUGAGUGCUAUGGCAGAGCGGCUAGCCAACCACUUUGCCUGCUACAGACCAGCUUCAGACCUCUUCCUCCAGCUGCUGGAUAUGGACAAAGUCGAGGACGCCAAGUUCAUGCUGGCUCGCUGUAACGCCGUGGCUGAGCAGAAGGAGGUGCUGCUGUCCUUCUUGGCUAGAAAGGCUCAGAGUCCCGGACAGGUGAGCAAGAUCAAGGCCCUGAUGAACCUGAUUCCAGACUUCACAGAGAAGGAGGUGCUGUACCCGUACCUGAUGAAAUGUCACGUUCUGGAUAAGGACUUAGCGUCAGCCAAGACUCUGUAUGAGCAGAUGCAGAAGGAGGGGAUGGUCGUAGAUGAGCUGUCACUCAAACGGCUGGCUAUGCUUUACCGCAGUGCAGGAGAGACGGUGCCCUUCCCUGAGCCCCCUGAGUCCUUUAAGGUUUAUGCAGAGAAGCUGAAAUUGAGAGCAGCCAAAGCUCAAGCGACAGAAGAGGAAUAAAGACUCAUCCUCCUCUUCCUCUUUCCUCCAUCCAGAUCCCAGGUUUUCUUCCUUUGUCUCCAUCUUUUUUUUUCCCUUUUUUUAUACAAGUUGUUUGAGCUGAUAUUUGAGGAUUCUGUGUUAUAACUGUUGGGUGUUAAACUCUGUCCGCUGUGAAAUUGAUAAUGUUGGUGAUAAUGUUGCGAAUGUACAGAAGUAUUUAUGCUAAUAAAUGAAGUUAGGAAUCCACAUUCUGUGUUUGGGU